AUGAAGCUGAAGCUGAAGCUGCCCAACCCGGGUCUGGAGGAGCGCAUCCCCUCUCACGCUGACCUGGAGGAGAUGGAGAAGGUCCAGGCCGGAGAACGUCCUCAGUGGGACAACAAGGCCCAGUACAUGCUCACCUGUGUGGGCUUCUGUGUGGGACUGGGGAACGUCUGGAGGUUCCCCUACCUGUGCCAGAGCCACGGAGGAGGGGCGUUCAUGAUCCCGUUCCUGCUGCUGCUGGUCCUGGAGGGGAUUCCUCUGCUACACCUGGAGUUCGCUAUAGGACAGAGACUGAGGAAGGGCAGCGUGGGGGUCUGGAGGUCCAUCAACCCCUACCUAUCCGGAGUGGGUAUCGCGUCCAUGCUGGUGUCCUGCAUGGUUGGAAUGUACUACAACACCAUCAUAGCCUGGGUCAUGUGGUACUUCUUCAACUCCUUCCAGGAUCCACUUCCAUGGAGCCAGUGUCCACUCAACCAGAACAGGACAGGCCCGGUACCAGAAUGCGCCCGGAGCUCCUCUGUGGAUUACUUCUGGUACAGAGAGACUCUAAACAUCUCCACUAACAUCCAGGACUCCGGUGGUCUGCAGUGGUGGAUGGUGCUGUGCCUGAUCACCUCCUGGGCGGUUCUCUGGGUCUGCUGCAUCCGAGGCAUCGAAACCACCGGCAAGGCUGUUUACAUCACCUCCACCCUGCCGUACGUGGUCCUGACCAUCUUCCUGAUCCGAGGACUCACUCUGAAGGGGUCCAUCAGUGGCAUCAAGUACCUCUUCACUCCAGACCUGAAGGAGUUGGCGAACCCCACUACGUGGCUGGACGCUGGAGCUCAGGUCUUCUACUCCUUCUCUCUGGCUUUCGGAGGGCUGAUCUCCUUCUCCAGCUACAACUCUGUACAUAAUAAUUGUGAGCAGGACGCCGUGAUCAUCUCCUUCAUCAACGGACUCACCUCCGUCUAUUCUGCCAUCGUCAUCUACUCCAUCAUCGGCUUCAGAGCUACGGAGAAGUUCGAUGACUGCAUCAGCAGGAACAUCUUGGCCCUCCUGAACGCCUUUGAUCUUCCAGAAGGGAACAUCACCGAAAGCACCUAUGAUGAGGCUUUUCAGAUCCUCAACAGCACGUCACCUGCGAUCGUCCAGGGACUCGACCUGAAAACCUGCGACAUGCAGACUCUUCUGAGCCAGGGAGUAGAAGGAACCGGUCUGGCCUUCAUCGUCUUCACAGAGGCCAUCACCAAGAUGCCCAUUUCUCCUCUCUGGGCGGUGCUGUUCUUCAUCAUGCUCUUCUGCCUGGGACUUUCCACCAUGUUCGGCAGCAUAGAAGGGGUCGUGGUGCCUCUGCAGGACCUGAACAUCUUUCCCAAGAGCUGGCCUAAGGAGGUUCUGACAGGAAUCGUCUGUUUGGGAUCGUUCGCCGUGGCUUUGAUCUUCACACAGCGCUCGGGUGAAUACUGGCUAGCGCUGUUUGACGGAUUCGCCGGGUCCAUCCCGCUACUCAUCAUCGCCUUCUGUGAGAUGAUAGCUGUGGCGUACAUCUACGGUAUAGACAGGUUCAAUGAAGACAUCGAGUUCAUGAUCGGACACAAACCCAACUUCUUCUGGCAGGCCACGUGGAGGGUCAUCAGUCCUCUCAUAGUGCUGGUGAUCUUCGUCUUCUACCUGGUCUCCACCGCCACCAGAGAGCUCACCUACAUCACCUGGAACCCAGAAUCGGACUCGUUUCCAAACCUCCUGAAGGUGGACUUCCCCGACUGGAUCAACGCCAUCAUCUUCAUCCUGUCCGGCGUUCCCGCUCUCACCAUCCCGGGCGUGGCCGUCUAUAAGCUCGUCAGGAGGCGCUGCUGCGGGAAGCGGGGCGGCCGCCGCUCACAGGAGGUCAGCACCGUGUCCGAGAAACUGGAGAAGGAACUCAGGAACGUCUAGAACCGUCAGGAACCUUCAGAACCAUGUUCUACUCAGUGCUCAAAUAAUCACCAUUAGCACAUCACAGUAACCGGUACUGUAUAUGGCCAAAAGUAUUGGGACGCCCCGUUUAGUGACCACUGUGUGAGCUUCUCACAAGGUUUUGGAGUAUCUGUUGCUGCAGAUUUGGACAGAUUUAUUCCACCUGUUGUCAUUAGAAGGGGCGUCCCAAUACUUUUGGCCAUAUAGUGUAGAAUAAUGUAAAGUGUAUGUAGACUUUUAAGCUCUUGUGUUUGUGUAAAUGAUCAUAUUGUUUUGGAACUCUGUA